AUGGACGCAACUCUGAAGGAGCUGACCAGCUUGGUGAAAGAAGUCUACCCAGAAGCACGGAAGAAGGGCACACACUUCAAUUUUGCAAUUGUUUUUACAGAUCUCAAGAGGCCUGGAUAUAGGGUGAAGGAGAUCGGCAGUACCAUGUCGGGCAGGAAGGGCACAGAUGAUUCCAUGACAUUGCAGUCUCAGAAAUUCCAGAUAGGAGACUACUUGGAUAUAGCAAUUACUCCUCCAAAUCGUGCACCGCCUCCAUCAAGCCGCAUGAGACCGUACUAAACCAUUGCUCUUUGUAUGAUUGCGUCUUCUGUUUAUUCCUACUUGCUGUUCUAAAGCAGGCUUAUUUUUUUGCUUUUAUUGCUAAGCCAGAUGACCUGAAGACAAAGCUAAGCAUCAGAAAUGAAAGUUAACUUUUAAACCUUGACUUUUAGUUUGUUUGUUUAGAAGAAACCCUUCUCUUUAGCAGUGCCAUCAUCCCGUGCCUGAUUGUUACAGUUUGAGCAGUAAGUCGGUGUGUCUGGUGUUUCAAGAUUUCCAUAAAAUGCGACCAGAAAGAUUACAGGCGUUCUGUAGUUCCAUCUUGUUUGGAAUAAAGAUUGAUGGUAUUAAUC